CUACGUAACACUGGCGUACUAUCGUUAUGUAUGCCACGUUACCUUAUAGUGCAUACAUGUAUGUAAAUACAAAAAAUAUAUAUUUUAAAUAAGUCUGUGGUUAUAACUAAUAGACUUAAAUCACCAACAGCAGCACUCUGUUCGUCUGUGCUGUGCUUCCUGGUUGAACGCAGGGGGCUCUCCUUGACUGAACGCUACGCUGUACUACUACUCGUCCAACAUGGCUGGCCAGGAAGAUCCAGUGCAAAGAGAGAUUCACCAAGAUUGGGCGAAUCGAGAAUAUAUCGAAGUUAUUACGAGCAGCAUCAAAAAAAUCGCCGACUUUCUUAACUCAUUUGAUAUGUCGUGUCGAUCACGCUUGGCCACCCUCAAUGAGAAGCUGACGGCUUUGGAGAGGAGGAUUGAAUAUAUUGAGGCGAGAGUGACGAAAGGAGAGACCUUGACCUAGAAAUCAUCAUGGGAACUCACAGUAUCCCAGAGCUACCUGUUCAUCCCCCUCCCUGAUUUUUGGAAUAAGUGUGAUGGAUUCCACCCUCCUUUUUACGGGACCAUGUGGACCAUUUUUAUAUUUUAUGCAGUUUUGUGUUGUUUUGCCUCAUGACACUUUUGUAUAGAAGAUAUGGUUCUGUCUUGGGUGUCAAUGACUCAAGAAUCAUCAAUGUAAAAAAAAAAAAAAAAACGCUUCAAAUGUAAUGGUUUGAAACAAAAUUGUGGAGCUCAAUUAUGGAUCGGUAUCAGUGCAACUUUUGACAUUCUGUGUUGUAUGCAUCGUCAUUACCACUUUAGAGAUUUAUGAAAGGGGAACAUCCUUGUGUGCCAACUUGAACAAAAAAUUGUGUAGUCAUCUUUAUUGAGGACCUGCUUGUACAGUGAACUGUUUGGUGAUGUUUCAGGAUUUAAAUACUGUAAUAAAUACUGAACAAUUA